AUGCGGGAGCCCCUUUGGAUUCUUCAGAAACGUUUCGUUGAUCGAAGGCUCCCUCUCCCAAUUGCAAAAGCAUACCUUCUUAUUCUUCUUGCGGGCCUUGACUAUCUCCAUUCAGAAUGCAGGAUUGUGCAUACGGACUUGAAGCUCGACAAUAUUUUGAUGACGUUCGAGAGCGAAGACAUUCUCUCUAACUUUAUCAAAGAGCAGACCACUAACCAGCCUAUGCAGUACAAGACUGAUCCGACGAGCGGACGUACCAUUUACCGUUGUCACAAUGAUUUCGGGUCCCUCGAUUGGAGAGAGCUUCGGAAAAUGUUGCCUAAAAUUGUUGACUUUGGGUUAUCAACUCGCCUUGAGAGUGGUAGCCAGGGGCAAGUGAGGAACGAAACAGCUGGUUUUUAUCCAAUACAGCCGGACCAGUAUCGUGCACCGGAAGUCAUUCUUGGCUGCCCAUGGAGUUUUAGCGCGGAUAUAUGGAAUAUCGGAGUCCUGGCGUGGAAUAUAAUCGAGAACACCGACCUAUUCCUCCAUGUGCAUGAUAGCCAAGCCCAUUACAAUCCCAAGACACAUUUAGCGGAAAUGAUUGCCCUAUUUGGCCCUCCGCCAAAGGAGUUGCUAGCAAAGUCGGAAGCCAUGGCAGGAUUUAGUUGGUCUAAGCCUAUUAUGAAUGAGACAGGUAGGCUCUGUAAUAACGGGCGAGAGUAUUUCAAUGGGCCUUUAAGGAAAAUGCGGAAACUGGAGGAUUCGAUCCGUUCCUUGGAGCACAAGGAAAGACAGGCCUUCUUGUCCUUUGUAUCCCUUGCGCUUGCCUGGAAUCCGGAAGAUAGGCAGACAGCCAGCGAGUUGAUGGAACAUCCGUUUCUGAAUGGGUAA